UAUUUAAUGCCUGUCUAGUGCCAUUUGUACGAGGGGCCAAUUGAUUUGUGAGUUUUGAACUUGUCAGCCUCCUCCUCCUCUCAUAAUUUUUUUUGGUUGCAAAGUUCAUAGUAACUUAGAAAAAGCAUGCCAAACAAGGAGAAUUCAGCGCUAGUGGAAGCAAAGGUUCCUUUGCUAAACAGUAACGAAUCUUUAAGAGUUCAUGAAAAUGGAGGAAUCGUUGAUGAUGAUGAUAAUAAUCAAACGCUGUCUCAAAGAAUAUGGAUUGAAUCAAAGAAGCUAUGGCAUAUAGUAGGCCCUGCAAUCUUCAGCCGCAUAACUUCCUACAUGAUUUUGGUGAUCACACAAGCCUUCGCAGGCCACCUUGGCGAUCUUGAACUCGCAGCUUUCUCCAUUUCCAACAAUGUCAUCGUCGGCUUCGACUUCGGCCUCUUGCUGGGUAUGGCGAGUGCGUUGGAAACUCUGUGCGGGCAGGCGUAUGGCGCCAAGAAACACUACAUGUUAGGCGUAUACAUGCAGCGAUCAUGGAUAGUUCUCUUCAUAUGCUGCAUCUUCCUGGUUCCUCUCUACGUGUUUGCGACGCCGGUGUUGAGAGUUUUGGGUCAGCCGGAGGAAUUGGCUGUCCUGGCCGGCGAGGUGGCGCUGUGGAUGAUUCCUCUUCACUUCAGCUUCGCGUUCCAGUUCCCACUGCAGAGGUUUCUUCAGAGCCAGCUGAAGACAGCCGUGAUAGCAUGGGUGUCGUUGGUGUCGCUGCUGGUGCACAUCGCCAUUAGCUGGUUCUUUGUGUCGCAGCUGAAGUUCGGGGUGGUUGGAACAACCGCCACGGUGAAUUUCUCGUGGUGGGUCAUGACUUUGGGGUUGUUUGGGUACACAGUUUCCGGUGGCUGCCCAAACACUUGGACCGGUUUCUCGCUUGAAGCUUUUGCUGGCCUUUGGGACUUUGUUAAACUCUCUGCUGCUUCUGGUCUCAUGCUCUGCCUGGAGAAUUGGUAUUAUAGAAUUCUGAUACUGAUGACAGGAAAUCUACCGAACGCAGAGAUUGCUGUGGAUGCUUUGUCCAUAUGCAUGACAAUCAAUGGCUUGGAAAUGAUGAUUCCUCUGGCAUUCUUUGCUGCUACAGGAGUGAGGGUUGCAAACGAACUUGGAGCUGGGAAUGGUAAAGGAGCAAAAUUUGCUACAAAAGUAUCUGUGAUGACAUCAAUUGCAAUAGGACUGUUCUUCUGGAUGUUGAUUUUGAUAUUUCAUGACAAAUUCGGAUACAUAUUCUCUACUAGCAAACCAGUCCUUGAUGAAGUUAACAAGCUUUCUCUUCUGUUAGCCUUCACUAUUCUCCUCAACAGUGUUCAGCCAGUUCUUUCAGGCGUGGCAGUAGGAUCAGGGUGGCAAUCAUAUGUUGCAUACAUAAACUUGGGCUGCUACUAUCUCAUUGGGGUUCCUCUUGGAUUGUUGAUGGGCUGGGUCUUCAAUCAAGGAGUUAUGGGAGUUUGGGCUGGAAUGAUUUUUGGUGGAACAGCAACUCAAACAUUAUUAUUAGGCCUUAUAACCAUUCGAUGUGACUGGGACAAAGAGGCUGAGCGAGCCAAAUUGCAUUUGAGAAAGUGGGACAAUCCAAAAGAACUGAACUAAUUCUUCUUAAUUUUAUUCCAGCAGCGUUUCGUAAUUUAUUUGUUUUGUGUAAUGAAUUAGUGAUAGUUGUAGUUGUGUAAUGAAUUAAUGUUCGUUUUUUUCCCUCUCCCCUGUGUUGUGAUUUGUUGGUGUCGGUUGCUUUUUUUCCCAACCUUAGCCAAGUCCAAAAAAAAAAAAAAGGAUAAAACAAGAUUAGUUGUUUUUUUU